AUGGGCAACGGCUAUGGGUGGAACGCGGCCGUCUUGUCGGCCCUGCUAGAUGAGAUCGUCGAUCGCUACCGCGUCGACCCGGAUAGGAUUCAUGUCACAGGCUUCAGCGUGGGUGGAUAUGGCACGUGGGAUCUGGCCAUGCAUUCGCCGCAUCGGUUCGCGACGCUGGUCCUGAUUUGCGGUGGAGGGAAUCAUUUGCGAGUCAGUCAUAUCAAGCAUGUGCCGCAUUGGGUCUUCCAUGGCGAUCGAGAUGACAUUAUCCCGGUACAGGCAUCGAUUCAAAUGGUCAACGCCUUGGAUUAG